AUGGCAGGUGGUUCCCGGCGAGACGAAGCCGUAGCUAAGAGGAGGUGCUUCAACUGUCAGAUGAUUACAAAUCAUUUGAGUAGGGACUGCCCUCUACCUAGAGCGGAGCGAUGUAUUGGAUGUGGAGUAGGAGGACAUCGAUUAGCAGAGUGCCCUAGGCAACAAAAUACUGGAGCGACGUGCAUGAAACAAGACAUCAGGGUAAACGGUGAGAAUGUGAAAGCAUAUUUAGAUACUGGCAGCGAGCAAAAUCUGAUGUCUCUGGCAACAGCACGGCGUUUAGGACUCACUAUCACUGCAGAUGAUGAAGGAAAAAUAUUAUGA